AUGGCCGCGCCAGCGCAUCAACCCUCUGUCGACAAGGGCGCUGCCCUAGAUGACUUCGACAUGGGCGAAGAACUGUCAGAUGAACAGAUACGGGAGUUACUGAAUGGAGCUGAGCGCCGCAUGCGCGCAAAACAGGCCUCUUCCCAGACCAGCACAUCCAACGCCCCGUUCAAGCUCCCCAGAUUGAAGCCGGGACACAUUGCAGACACUUACUUGAAGACUGAGGGCUCUGUGACGCGGUUAGACCUGUCUCAACUCAUUAGUGCGAAGGACAGGGCCCUCGCUGAUGGGGUGAAGAAGAUCGAGGAUCCAGUCCAGGUGAAGAAAUUGAAAGAAGCGGAGAAGAAGGCAACAGCAGGACCCAACUGGUUCAAUCUUCCUCGGACGGAGCUUACCCCUGAGCUUCGUCGGGACAUCCAAUUGCUAAAGAUGAGAGGCGUCCUCGAUCCAAAACGGCAUUAUAAGAAAACAAAUUCAAAGGCCGAUGUACCGGCUUACUCCCAAGUUGGCACCGUCAUUGAAGGCCCGACCGAGUUCUACAACGGGCGACUUAACAAUAAAGACCGCAAGAAGACUUUCGUGGAAGAGGUCCUCGCGCAAGAGCAAGAAACAGGGCGCUUCAAGAGAAAGUACAACGAGAUCCAGAAGACUAAAACGAGCGGGAAGAAGGCAUUCUACAAAGCACUCAAAGCGAAGCGGCAAGGCCGGGUGGGGAAGCGAUGA